AUGACACCAGCCAAAUCCUGCGACACUGAAUCCAGUCCUAAGUUAGCUAAACUAAUUGUUCAAGAUAUGUCUUCCGGAACCCAAUAUCAAAAUCUAGAGGUAGCGCCGUCAUCUGCUACUAUUCGUCGAGACCACAUCGACACCGCAACAUAUAACCACGACGUCUUCCUCUUGGUAGAGAAGCUUUUGCGACAAGAACAACAGUCCAAGCUUUACCAAGAACGCUUAGAACUCAGAAUCAAUAGCGAUUCUGUGGCGUAUCAAAAAUUACACCUCUAUUGUGAAAGGUCGAUUUCUGGGAUGCAGCAUCAAAAAUCGCAGCUUGAGGUUUCAUUGCGCCAUGCGACGGAAACUUGUCAAGCAUUAUCUCAAAGUCUCCACUUGGAAAGGGACAAAGUGCGGGAGCUCGAGUCUCGUCUCAAUGAGGUAUACCCAAAUAUUGAUUCAUGGUUACAUCGAUUGAAUCAAGAAAAGCAAAAUUCCCGAUCUGCCGAUGACAAGGAAACAAUGGAUCGUCUUUUGCUGGAAAAUCACCGUCAGCGAGAGUCGAUCAAUUGUCUUCAGUCUAUCCUCCAUGCUCGGGAACAGACUGUGCAAGAUCUUCAGUCUACUUUAGACCAGUUGUCUCAACGACUCCCCAAAGAAAAUGGGGGGUUAUUUAGGUCCUCUGUUCGCUCGUCAGAAGAACCGAAUGUCAAAAUCAUCACGAAUACACCUUCGACCAAGAGCUGA